AUGGACCCUGCUGAUGAAGAGAAAACUUCUUUCGUUACCGAGCGAGGGACCUAUUGCUACAAAGUUAUGCCGUUCGAACUGAAGAACGCUGGGGCAACUUAUCAAAGGCUUAUUAGCAAAAUUUUCAAGGAUCAAAUAAGGAAGACAGUGGAAGCCUACAUUGAUGACAUGGUAGUAAAAAGUAAGAAGAAAGUUGACCAUUUGAAACAUCUACAAGACGUAUUUGAUGUGUUGAGACAAUAUGGAAUGAAGCUCAAUCCAACCAAGUGCUCAUUCGGCGUGAGUUCUGGUCAGUUCCUAGGACACGUGGUUAAUUAUAGAGGCAUAGAAGCUAGCCUUGCCCAAACAAAAGCUCUGAGUAAGAAUGCCGAGCCGAAGACAAUCAAAGAAGUGCAAGCACUUAUGGGACGGAUAGCUGCAUUGAGCCGGUUCAUUUCCAAAUUUUCAGCUCUCGAACCAGGAGAAAAGCUAUUUUUAUACCUCGGGGUAUCCAGCAUCGCGACAAGUGGCGUUCUAAUCCGUUGUAAAGAGGAGAAGCAAUAUCCAGUGUUCUAUGUUAGCAAAACGAUGACUGAGGCUGAACGACGCUAUUCAAAGGCCGAGCGGGUGAUACUUUCGCUAGUACAUGCGAAAAGAAAGCUCAGGCAUUAUUUUGAAUCCCAUCCUAUCAUCGUUAUAACCAUUUUCCCUAUCAGAAUAAUCCUGCACAAGCCAGACCUCUUAGGGAGGAUGACGAAGUGGGCCAUAGAGUUAAGCUCAUUUAACAUAACAUAUGAACCCAGAACGGCAGUUAAAGGGCAAACAGUGGCAGAUUUCUUGCUGGAAUGUGAUUCAGAAGACAUGGAGGAAGACCUUCGAGGUUGCUUGUGGAAACUCUUUGUCGAUGGAUCCUCAAAUCAGAUGGAGGCAGGCAUUGGAGUCAAACUACAGACACCAGAAGGCACGUUCCUAAGUCAAGCGCUCCGGCUUGAAUUCAGAGCCACUAAUAAUGAAGCGGAAUAUGAGGCACUACUGGCUGGACUUAAGCUCGCCAAAGAGCUAAAGGUCAAUGGCGAAUAUGAAACCAAGGAUGAAACGAUGGAAGCAUAUCAUUAUACUGUUAUACGAGAAGUCAGAAACUUUGAAAAAAUUGAAUUCAUCCAAGUACCAAGAGAGCAUAAUGAAGAUGCUGAUCGGCUAGCAUAUAGCGCUUUGGUUUCUAGAGAGACAUUGGCAAGGGUGAUUCCCGUAGGAAUACUGAACCAGCCAUCCAUUUUUGAAGAAUCUUCGGGCCCAGAUCCUUGGCAAGUGAAUGUUAUUCCAAAUGAGCCAAGUUGGAUUGAUUCGAUUGUAACUUAUAUUCGGAACGGUACUCUGCCUGAGCAAAGAGAUGAGGCUAGGAAAAUCAAAUCGAACGCUGCAAAAUACGCCAUAGUGCAUAACCAGUUAUACAAGAGGUCUUUUUCUGGGCCGUACUUAAAAUGCGUUACCCUCACAGAAGCUCGGCAGUUAUUGCGGGCUAUUCAUGAAGGCAUGUGUGGAAAUCAUUCAGGGGGAAGAUCUUUAGCGCACAAAGCAAUGACGCAAGGGUACUUCUGGCCGAACAUGUCACGAGAUGCGGAAGAAUUCUCCAGAAGAUUCGAUAAGUGCCAAAGAGCUCAGAACAAGUAUAUAUUGCUGGCAACAGAUUACUUUACCAAAUGGGUGGAAGCAGAGCCAUAUUCGAGCGUAACGCAAACCCAUAUAAGACGCUUCAUCUGGAGUAAUAUUAUUUACCAUUUUGGUGUCCCGAGGUCAAUUGUUAUGGAUAAUGGGACUAAUCUCGACAGCAAGCAAGUUAGAGAAUUGCUGGAAGAAUAUGGAAUUAACCAAAAAUUGGCAGCAGUAAGUCAUACCCAGGCCAAUGAACAAGCAGAAAUUAUGAAUAGAACAAUUUUCGCUUGUAUCAAGAAGAAAUUGGAAAACCGUAAAGGGAAGUGGCUGGAUGAACUCCCGAACGUCCUAUGGGCUUACAGAACGACCCCUAGACGGCCGACCGGGGAAAGCCCAUUCGCCAUGGCAUACGGAACCGAAGCAGUCAUACAGGUUGAAUAUUUGGUUCCAACUGUCCAAAGCUUAGCAUGGAAUCAGGAACAAAAUGAAAAAAUGCUGAGAUUUAACCUUAAUAUGUUAGAGGAAAAGAGAGAUGCUGCGGUAAUAAGGCUUGGAUCCUAUCAGCAGACACUGGCUAGCAGCCACAACAAAAGGGUGAAGCACAGAGAUUUCACACUUGGUGAUCUGGUUCUGAAGAAGAAGGUAGGAAUGGUUAAAAAGAUGAUGUCGCCUUGUGAAGGACCAUACAGAAUUGCAAAGAUCAUAGGGAAGGGGGCAUAUAUACUAGAGACCAUGGCCGGAAGGUUGGUUAACAAGCCAUGGAAUGCUACAUCUUUAAAAAGGUAUUAUAUGUAG